AUGGCUUUCCACGCGGAGCACCAGCACUUGCUGCAUUCGCAGCAGCAGCAGCAGCUGCUGCUGCAGCAAGGGGACACCUGCAUGAUCCUGCAUGACAAAUCGGCAGCAGCAGCAGCAGCCGCAGCAGCAGCGGCUCCUGCUGCUGCUGCGUCGCACAGUGCGCCCGCCAUGCCCGAGCUAGCGGCAGGGUCGGCAUUUGCUGCUGCAGUCCCAACAGCAGCAGCAGAAGCAGCAGCAAAAGCAGCAGGAGAAACAGCAGCAUUGCAUGCAGCCCUAGAGCAGCGUUUUGCUGCUCUUUACAAAUUGGCAGACCUUCCAACGGCACUGCAGCAAAGCGCAGACUGCUGGUCUUUGGGUGCUUGCAUUUUCAACAUUGUGAGUGGCGGUUUGCAUCCCUACGGGCCAAUCGACAACCCAAAGGAAACCCUUUCCAAUAUGGAGAAGGGAGACAUGGUCAACAUCAAGCUUCUUGACAAGUCCCCGCUGCUGCAGGAUUUGCUGCUGCUGCUGCUGCAGCCACCGCAGCAGCAGCAGCAGCCAGUGCUGCGGCUGGCUGUGUGCCAUCCUGUGUUUUGGGCAGCUUCGGACAUGCUGCUGUUUCUCCGGGCGUUUAAGCUCAUGCUACAGCAGCAGCAGCAGCUGCAGCAGCAGCCCCUGCAGCAGCAGAUCGACACCGAAUCUGCAGCAGCUUUCGGCUCAGCACAGGGUAGCAAUUCCAUGCAAAGCAGCAGCAGCAGCAACAGCAGCAGCAGCGAGAAGCGGCUGUGUGGGCCAGAGCCGGAAAUCCCCCCCGCAGCAGCAGCACCAGCAGCAGCAGCAGCAGCAGCAGCAGCAGCAGCACCAGCAGCAGCAACAGGGCAGCUGCAUGCAGCGCUGGCGAAGCUGGAAGCAACAGCUCUUCCUCUUGAUGUUUUAAAUUCACUUUGCGAAGAGCCCUUUUUAAGAAAAACUGGCAGGGCCUUGUUUCCUCACUACAGCGAGCUCUUCGCCGAGCCCAAAACAGCAGCCGCACCAGCUGCAGCAGCGACAGAAGCUGCAGCAGCACCUGCUGCAGCAGCAGCGGAAGCAGCGAGGAAGCCCAAGGAUGCUGCUUCCGACGCCAUUGUUGCUGCUGCAUGCAGCAGCAGCAGCAACAGCACCGAGGGCACAGUGCAAGACACAGAAGGCAGCACUCCCCUAGCAGGAGCAGCAGAAGCCA